AUGGUCCGUCUUUCAACAUUGUUCGGGCUCCUCUGCAUCAUCUGUGCAGGAUGUGCCAAAAGUCGACGAUGUCAGUGGAAGGACGUUCGUUACGACAUCAGCGAGUGCCACACGGGCAAGUCAGGAGGUGGCCUUAUCCGGGAGGCCUUCGCUUAUGUGGAGCCAGGCAUUUGCAAUGCCAGCUCAUCGGACAGCAUUCUUCCUCGACCGAAAGUCGACCUCCCUUGCGAUGAACCAUGUGAUGAAGAUCACUACCUCAAGGUGACACCUGUCUACAAGCACGGAAAGCUUCGUUCAGCUCACGGCGAGUUGGAUGUUAUUUGCAGCCGAUGUCCGAGAGGGCGCUUCUCUCUGGGCGGUGGUCGCUAUGUGGAUGGUUCGAAAGGUGACUGGGCCAGGUCUUGGACGGAAGGGCUGUCGACGUCGUGCCUUUACCGCGAAGCCGAUUCUCGCUGGACGGUGGGAGGAGGAGCUCGUCUGGCUUGUGUUCUGCACCUGCAACAUGAUGGCCAAGCCGAAGCGCUGUCGGCGGAGACCAGGUCUGGCACCUGGAACCGCAACUUGCCGGACGUUACCUUGGAGGUGCCCUUUCGCAUCAUCGACGGAUUGGCCUGUGACUCGCUGAGUGGGGACAGCUCGCUCAUCGGUGCCGCAGUUCUGGUUCUACGAGGCACGUGCCCGUUCUCCACCAAAACGCAGCACCUGGAAGCAGCCGGUGCCAAGGCGGUGAUCGUGUACAACAACCUCUACAACAGGCCGCACUUCAUCCCAGCAGCUGCACCAAACAGCACUGCUGCCACAAUCCCGAUCUUCAUGGUCACCAGGGAGGAUGGUGAGCGGAUGGUGACCGCAGCGGAAGAUGCGGCCGCAGAGGGCGAGGCGCUGCAGUUCCGAAUACCGAGCACUCGGUGCUGCGUUGACAGGCGGGAGGCCGCGCCGACAACGAAUCACAGCGGUCAGAGCUCCGGAAGUUCAGACUCCUGGGAGGCUUCCGAGAAAGGUUGUGCGCUUUGGGCUGCUGACCCUGCGGGCAGCUUCCUGUACUCUGGGGACAACCGGCGCUUCCACUGGGUGUUCUCGUACCUCACGUAUUCAGUGCGCUUCGUCCGCGAUGGAUACAUUCGCUUCCGCUAUGCUGUUGAUGCAGAAGAGGGCUAUGAUGGCCUCAUCUUCGAGAUGGACGGAGAACCCGUUUGGAAUGGAUCUGUCCGGUCUCAAGUGGCUCCUUGGCAAGAUGUGCGAUAUCCUGUACCUCGUGGAUCCCGCAGUUUUGCGUGGGUCUACAAGAAGGAUUUCGGAACGUCAUCCGGGGAAGACCGCGCGCGGCUGCAGUUGCUAGAAGUAUCAGGUACGUCCCAUGCCGAGUUUUCAUGUCGAAGCUGCUCCGUGCUUAGCAGUCCCGGGAGCCAGCGCUGUCAGACUUGUGGCCGCGACGAGUAUGCGGAGGUGCAUUUGGACCGCAUUAGCUGUCGAAAGUGCCCGCCGGGUUCCUGGGCCCCGGCUGGCAGCGUUGGCAGAGACUCCUGCCAGGUCCGCCGGACUUGCACAUUGCAAGAUGUACAGAUCGUCUACCGUGCAUGGAAUGGUACUGCAGCGCCGUCAGACUCCAUCUUUUGCCGUGGUAACAAGACUAUGGUGCAUGCUCUAUGGCGGCAGCCCAAAACUUGCCAGACUACGUCUACAGCGGACGAAUUGGCUGGCAUAACAGCCAACAACAGGGUCCGUGGCUGCCCAGCCUGCCAGCCGUUUCAAUGGCGGCCCCGGGGUGGCAGUUGCGAGAACCGUCCUGCACGAGCUUGCCCAGCGCCAAAGUUUGCGCUGCCAAUUCUGAAAGUGAACCGAUGGGAGGUGUUCCCUGCAAACUUUACAUCUUGGAUAUGGGGUCGUCCAUCCGUCGAGGACCAAUCGCACUCCUGGCAGCUCGCCCCUGACGGCUCAGCCGUGGAGGUUGGAACGGCCUUCCUUGGAGGCGGCGGUGCAGAAGCGGAGGCUCUUCUGUCAGCCAGAGCAGAUCAAGCCAUUCUCGGGCUCGAUGUGUCCUUGGCCAGCCCCGGUGCGCUGAAAUUUACGUUGGAGGAGAAGCCUGUCGGAGCUUGGUCUUCAGCGGGAGCUCUUUAUGUGGACCACGAACCUCGAGAGCCACAAGAAGUUUCUGUCAAGGGAGGACGGCUGCAGUUCAAGCUACGCAUGGAACCUGGAUUGCACUGGUUGACGUGGGUGUGGCGCUACACUGGUCCAAAGCUGGAGGAGCAGGCGGCCGAUGCCAGCCAGCAGCAGGAGGGAAGUGGCCUCCGGCUGCUCGAAGUCUCCGUGACCAAUGCCUUAGGCGCCAGCCAGUCUGGACCCUGCCGGAGCUGUCCGCCGGGCCGCGGCCUGGUGAACGCCACCGAGUGCCGGGCGUGCCCGCCUGGUUGGAGCACAGCCAUGGACGGCGGCGAGCCAGUCCAUGAAGGCUGCAGCCGGUGUCCGGCCGGCCGGGCGAGCAGCGGUGACCGCGGUGCAGGUUCGCCCAGCUGCAAACCAUGCGGCCGUGGAACCUUCAGCGACCCAGGCGCCAGCUUCUGCAAGCCGCUGGCAACGUUGGGUGGUGAAGGGAGGCUGCAGUGGAGUACAGAGGCGAUCCUGGCUGCCUGGCCGAACUCCUCGCAGACGUCAAGUGGCCUCAGAGGCGUUCAGGUGGAGGAUCGGACCUACUACGUGAGCCUGCUAGAGCCGAAGCGCUUCCCAGGGAUUUCACUGCCCUUUACCAAUGCGGCAGCUUUUGUCUGGGAAGUUUUACCCCCCCGAAUCAACAACGAUGGUGACGCAUGUGAGUCCAGUGCCUCGUCUCUGUCGUCUCUGCGACCCUUUGCCGAGACGUUGGAGCAAGUAGUUCCAAACGAGGGAAUGCCAGCGGGCCUUUGGCUGAACUUCGCCGGCAGCUGCGAGAGGAUGGGAGAGGUGACGAAGCGGGAACUACACAUACUGCUGAGUUGUCGUCCAGAAGCACGACGUGACAACCUGGACAUCAAGCUUCUCAGCGCGAUGCGCCCACCGUCUCCAGGUGGCUGUGAGGACCUUGCGCUGGAAUGGUCAACGCCUGCGGCGUGUCCUCUCUGCCAAGAAGGUGACUGGGAGAUGACUGUGCCAAACAAGUGCGAUCCCGUGAAAGGCCAGCGUGUCACCCACGUGGCACCCAGCGGCUGCAGGGGCGGCGUCCCCAAACCGCCGGAUUCCUGGCGGCCCUGUCCCGGGGUGAUCAAUAUCCUCGCGUUUGUCAUCAUCGGGGCGUUAGUUGGGUGCAUUCUCUGUUGCCUCAGCUGCUACGUCCUCAUCCUCCGCAGGCGAUAUGCCCGGUACAUGGUGUUGGAGGAGCCACAGGUGAACGGAGUUGCUCCGUCUAGCAUCGGAGUUCCUGACAGCCCCGACCCCGACUGGAACCGUGCCGCCGGGCUGCUGGCACGGAUGGCGGAUCCAGGCUCUCCGAUGUCCCCUCCCUCGCCGAACCCGCCGUCCUCCAAGGGCGCGGCUGACUCCUUCGAGGAAAGGCCGACCGUGGCGACCAUGAGACCGCCUAGACCAGAAGUCCUCUGGAAGAAACAUGAUCGAAAAGCCAUGAAGACUGGUCAGCGAGGAACCAUCUACUGGGUUGGCAAACAGAUCAUCGCAGAGGAUGGCUCCAAGACUGGCCAGGUGGAGAAAGGAGCUAGCUACCAGGGCGAGUGGGAUAACAACGAGAAAAACGGCUAUGGCGUGCAGGUGUUCCCGAACGGCCAAAAGUAUGAGGGCCAAUGGGCGAACGGGAUGCGGAACGGCGAAGGAACUCUUUGGGUGCCUUUCGGCAAGGCGAAGAAGCUUCGCAAGCUGUAUGUCGGCGGCUGGAAGAACGACAAGCGACACGGUCGUGGCACGUGCUUCUUCAAGGACGGGCAGUUCUUCCAGGGUGACUGGACCCAGGGCAAGAUGAACGGCCAGGGCCUGCUGCGAUACAGCAAUGGCGACUUGUACAUAGGCGAGUGGAGCAACGGCCUUCGAUCUGGGCAAGGAACCUUGACAAAGGCAAACGGUGACUGCUACGAGGGCUUUUGGCUCAAUGACAAGAGAGAAGGUAGUGGAUCCUACUUUUAUGCCGAGAGCGGGAAGGUCUUCGUCGGAGAGUGGGUAAACGACCUGCCCAAGGCCGGGGUCUACACGCAAGCGAACUCGAAUCCGGAGCAGGCCACGCCCGUCCCGCAGACUACGAUUCUGCCUCCGCUGAUGCUGGCCUUCCCCAAUGAGGUUCUAGACGGAGCCCUCGCCGCAGUCCGAGAGAUGCAGCAUUUCUCGCCGGACUUUGCCGAAAGUGGGGAGCAGGUCGACGAGGCAGAGGACGAUUACGGCAACGAAGUGGAUACGACAAGUAAUGCAGUGGGCAUAAGCAGAGCUGAAGAUACAGGCUCGCCGUGA